UUGGCGUACCGCUAUUAUUUCACUCCACUUAUUCCCAGUCCAGGAAAAGUCCGUUAGUCGAAGCGCAGAAGAGACGCGGCGAGGUGAUGCUGUCUACUUGACCAAUACAAUUCACUUGUUCUUGAUUGAUCUUAGAGGAAAAAAACUUUGGAUUGAAGAAUUUGAGAUUGGAUUGGAGACUUCUGAGAGGAAACGUUUGGAAAGGAAGAAUUUGGAGAGGAAAAUUGUGACUAAAGGACUUUGGAGAGAAGAAGUUGGAUUGAAAACUGGGUCGAGUGUUUCCAAACAUUCCAAAAGUCUUGGAUUUGGCUGCACAGAUAUAUCUGAGCAUUAUAAGAAAAAAAGGAACAUAGAAAUAAGAAGAUAUGGCCUCUGCGGCUCUUGAGAUCCUCGGUCUGGCCCUGUGCGUCCUCGGAACGCUUUUGGAGAUGACCGCUUGCGGCUUGCCCACCUGGAAGGUGACCGCCUACAUCGAGGCUAACAUCGUGGUGGCGCAGACCAUCUGGGACGGCUUGUGGAUGUCGUGCGCCGUGCAGAGCACGGGCCAGAUGCAGUGCAAGACUCACGACUCCAUGCUCGCCCUCAGCCACGACCUCCAAGCCGCGCGCGCGCUCACGGUCAUCUCCUCCGUGCUGUGCGUUUUCGCGCUGAUGGUGGUGAUCGCCGGGGCGCAAUGCACCAACUGCAUCAAGACGGAGAGCGUCAAGGCGCGCGUGGUGAACGUUGGAGGGGUCAUCUACAUCAUCAGUGCCAUCUUCAUGCUGGUGCCCCUGUGCUGGAUGGCCAACAGCAUUAUCUCCGACUUCUACAACCCGCAGGUGCCGGCGUCCCAGAAGCGGGAGAUCGGCGCGGCGCUCUACAUCGGCUGGGCGGCCACCGCGAUGCUUCUGCUCGGGGGCAGCAUGCUCUGCUGCUCGUGUCCGGCGUCGGGAAGCUCCAGUUACUCGGUCAAAUACGCGCCCACCAAAAGAGCAACCCCUAACGGGGACUAUGACAAGCGGAAUUAUGUUUAAAAACUGCGGGUUGAUGAUAUGCUUUGGACUCGUUUUUAUCACAGAAAACGUCCUGUUUGAAGUUCUUAGGAAAACUUGUACCACUGACUGAUUUUCAAUUUUAAUUUUUUUUUUUUUUAAAGCGUCUUGGACUACUGAUUGCCCCAAAUUUGUUUUAUUGAACAUGCUGAAUCGAAAACUAGAUAUGCAUUUUUUUUUACUAAAUUUAUAUAAUGCUUAACAGAUCAUUAUGUACUGUCAUUAAGUUACAUGUGUUGAGCAUUUUGUUUUUUUUAAUGACUUAAUGAAAGUUUUUUACAAAGUGUUGCCCUUUUGCAUCAUGGGCUACUGCUGAUUGGCUCACGUGGACAAUUGGUUUUAUUUAUAAUGCUAUUUUAAAAACUAUUAAGGACAUGAGUUUUGAAAGGUGCAACCGUUUUAUAACAACUAGUUUUUUUCUGAAUGUCCUAAAAAAGCUUUAUAAUGAUGGAAAGAUGUACAUUCAGUUGAAAUGUCCUGAAACUUUGAUUUAAACAGUGUCCCAUCCGUAUUUCAAAUGUGCAUGAACUGAUGCAUUAGGCACUAUAUAAGGUUUGUUAAUGACUUAAUGAAAGUUAUUAUCAAGCUUUACCCUUCAUUUUAUUAGAUGUGCUGUUUCUAAAGGGCUGAAAGAGAAACAUUAAUCUGACAAAACAUAUAUAUUUUAGGUACCUCAGAAAGUUUGUACAAAUUUGUAAAAGGCUAAAAGCAUGAAGAUUAAGGAGCCCUAGCUGUUACGAUCAAAGAUGUUUACCAAUGUGUUAAUUGUCCUGGACAAAUGGCAGUGAUAUUUCUAUAGGAAUCUCUGCUUUGGCACAUUCGCAGAGAAUCUCAGCGCUCGGAUGGUCAGCGAAGACAAACAGCUGGAAAACUAAAGACAGCAAAUCUUGACUGCUCUGUCAUUCAGAACUCACCCGUCCACAAUGAUGCUCAAAGUACCAUGAGCACAACAAGGCGACAUGAGAAGCCGAGCAGGAUCUAUGCCAUUUCCACAAUGGAAAAAAUAAUUUUGUUUGAUUGUUUUUGGGAAUAACCUGCCGGUAGUGCCUUGCAAAACUUCAUGGAUGGGUAUCUUCAUUUUGUUCAAAACCCAAGACCUCUGCGUUCAGUGUAUCCAGCUCGACUGAAACGUUGUAACUUUUUAAACUGUCUUUACAUGUUGUUAUGAAUGUUGUUUGGAAUAAACAUUUACAGUUUUGA